AUGAGUGAAAGUAUCAAUGAACGUGGUUCCCUUUCAAGUGAUAUUGGUGAAAUAGAGAUUUCUACGGAUGAUACAGAAUUUGAAGAUCAACGAUUCCGGUUUUUUCUAUCAUAUCUCAAUAUAGUUUUUGGUACAACACCAACAGUAUUUAAAACAGCAAUUCUUAACAAUGAAAUAAAUCGUAAAUUAAUUGAAUCGUUUCUUGAUAAAUCUGAUCGUAAUAUAAUACUUAUUUUUGAAAAUUCUGAUUCAUUAAGUAUUUUAACUGAAUUUCCAAUUGAAAUUAAAUCGAAAAUAAUUUGUUUUAUUAAACGAAAUGAAAUGAUUAUUGAAAAUGAUAUUCCAUUAAAAAAACAAAUUGCUAUUGCAGAAUUUACACAUUCAUCUAUGACACAAUUACAUUUAUUUAUAUCUGAAAUUUUAUGGCCUAUAUUACAACAACGAAAAAUAAUAUCUGAUUGGCCUGAUAUUGUCAUUCGAAAUUGUAUACAAAAUGUAUCGGAAUUAACUAAUUUAUUAACAAUAGUAAAUGGAAUACUUCGAGGACGAACUAUCUUAUCAAUACCUCAUGAAAUUGAAUUUUUAUCAAGAUCUGAUUAUCUUCGUGUACUUAGUCAAAAUAAAACAUUUGAUAAUCGAAAAAUUCGUUUAUUAGAAAAUCUUAUAAUGACUUGGAAAAAUCAAAUUCAAACAGCAAUUAAUUAUAAUUCAGAUCCACCAAAAAAUCAAUAUAAUCUAUUACCUAAUAUUGAAAUCGACUUUUGGAUUGCAAGAGCAGAAAAUUUACAAGGAAUUCAAACGCAAAUGCAUUCAUCAAUAAUUCGACGUCUUGUUGAAAUUCUUGAAAAUUCUGGAUCGAAUUAUUUCUCUGCAUUUCGUACAAUAUUUCGUGAUGUUAUUCAAGCAUUAGCGGAAGCACAAAAUAUUGCUUUAUAUUUAAAACCACUUGUAUCCAUAUUUGAAUUAAUUGAAAAAGUUCAAAAUAUUGAAUCAUUAUCAUUAUAUUUUGAUCGAUUAUUUCAUACAAUAGCUUUAGUAUGGGCUAAUUCAGUUUAUUAUACAAAUAUAAACCGAUUUAUUGGAUUUUUACAACAAUGGACAAAUUUGAUUAUUUUAAAAAUACGUGAUCUACUUCAACCGAAUGAUUUAUUUGUUGAAACAGAUUUUGAUGAACCUAUUCAAUUGAUUAAUUUAGCACUUGAAACAUGUUUAUUAUAUAAAAAAUCUUAUCAACAUUAUAAAGUAUUAUUACCAACGUAUUUUAAUGAUCGUCAGGAUAUAAUAUCAACUGUACAAGAAUGUUCUAUAUAUGAAUUAAUUGAAUUAGGUGGUAUUGAUGCAGAUGAAUUACAAACCAUUUUACAAAGAGUUCAUGGAGAUAUUAAAUCAGCGUAUGCUGUAUUUCGUGGUUUAUCUGAUGAUAUUACAAAUGAUUCUAAUCUUGAAUUUCCUAAUGCUUAUAAGACAUUUUGUAAAAUUGUCUUAACUAGUGAUGAACGUAUUGCAAAUAUUUUACGUCGCUAUUUUCAACCGUGUAACAGUGAUAUUAAAACAAUUAAUAUUGAUAAUAUAUAUCGAUUACUUCGUAUUUUUGGAUCAACUCUAAAAAGAAAUCGACUUAAAAUUGUUAUUAAUGAAUAUACAUCUACACUUUUGAAUAUAAUUGAAAAUAUUUUGAAUGAAAAUCAAACACUAUUUGAUGAAUAUACAAAAGAUUCACAAUCAGCAUGGUUAUUAUCAAUGCCAAAAUUAAUUUCUGAUUAUACAUUUAUUGAACAAUUACGUCAACGUAUUAAAAAUCAAAUAGAACCUUUAAAAACAAUUGAUAUUAAUAUUAAAGAUAAUGAUAUUUAUAAACGACUAUUAGAACAAGAAAAGAAUUUCCAGAAAAAAUUAGAUGAUUUCAUUGAAAAUACAAACAAACAAUGGAUUGAUUCAUUUAUCAAAGAAAAUCUUCUUCAUCUAAAUGAACCACUUCUUCGAAAAGAAGAUAAAUAUUAUAUUGUUAAUAUUCAACCACAACUUGUUACAGCUUUACAAGAAGUCAUGCGUCUUUAUCAAAUACCAUAUUUUAUACAUUCAUCAGACACUGAAGAAUUCUAUCAACAUAUAGAUCGAUUUCAACAACAAUUUAUUAAUCUUGAUUAUAUUACAAAAUCAUACGGACAUAUCUUUGAUAGUAUUCUUAUUAUUGAAUAUCCAUUAAUUCGUGAUGAAUUAACUAUAAUUGAAAAUGAUUUAGAAAAAGCGAGUACAAUAAUGAAAUUAGAUAUUAAUACAGAUUCUACUGAGUUUAUUCGUCAUCUUCGAGUACGAAUAAGUGAUUUUGAAGAACGUUUAUUUAAAAGUAAAUCGAAUUUGGACGAUAUGCAAAAAUUACUCAAACGUUUUAUUAAAUCUGCAUUAUAUUCUCGCGGUGAAAUUCGACAAGAUCCAUUACUUAUAGUUUAUGAAAAAGAAGAUAAAGUAUUCAAAAGAAAUAAUGAAUUAACAGAUGUUGGUUUACGUUUACAAGAUAUUCUUAAACAAAAUAAAUGGUUAUUAAAAGCUGAUGCUGAUUCUGAUAUGUGGAAAUCUUAUGUUGAUUAUGUUGAUGAAAUGAUUAUUGAAUCACUUUAUGAAAUAAUUGAAUAUAAUCUUAAUUAUCUUCUUGAAGAAUCUGAUCCUACACUUAAUAAACGUCCAUUAUUUGAAGUUCAACUUAUAUUAGAUGAUCUUGAUUUACGUUUUAAUCCAACACUUGAAUUUGGUAGUACAAAUGGUCUUUAUGAUAUAGUUGAUACAUUAAUAGGUAAUAUCUUUCGACAAGCUGCUAUGCUUCCUCGUCUUGCUGAACAUUCUGGACAAAAACAUUAUCAAAAUGAUUUAGAAGAAAUGAAAAAUUUAAAUGAUAAACGAUUAAAAAUUAUGGAACGAUUACGUGAUACAAUGAAAGAAGCAAAUGAUUGGAAAGAUGAAGUAGAAGAAAAUUCAUAUUUAUGGCUUGAUGAUAGAAAAGAACAUAUGAGACAAUUUCUUCUUUAUGGUCGUUUACUUGAAGAUUAUGAAUUAGAGAAUGUUGAACAAAUUAAAGAAAAUCCACCAAAUUUAAUUCAAUUUCAAAAUGAAAUCGAUUUAUUUCAAUCAAUUUAUAACGAUAUUGAUAACUGGAAUCAGACCUUUCUUUUUAAUAGUUGGUUAAGAGUUGAUGCUCGACCUAUUAAACGACAAUUACUUACACUUGUUACUAAAUGGAUUAAUCUAUAUAAAAAUUAUUUAAUUGAUCAUAUAACUAUUUCAUUAAAUGAAUUACAAUUAUUUAUUAAACAUGCAACAGAUAUGCUUCAACAUCCAGUUAAUUCCGAUAAUUUAAAAGAAUUAAUUGAUAUGAUGACAUUUCUAAGUCAAGUACGUGCUCGACAAGAAUAUACAGAUGAUAUGGCUGAACCAAUUAAAGAUAUAAUUGAACUACUUAAAUCUUAUGCAUAUGAAGUACCACAAUCUAUUUAUGCUAUGUUAGAUGAAUUACCAGAACAAUGGAUUAUUAUUAAAAAAAUGGCAACACAAAUGAAACAACAAAUUGCACCAUUACAAGCAAAUCAAGUUACUAAUAUUCAACUUAAUUAUUGGGCAACACAAUUACGUCAAUUUGAUCAAGAAGUUCAACAAUUAACUGAUCUUGCUCGAAUAUUUGAUAUUAAUGUUCCUGAAUAUAAAAUUGUACAGUUAUGUCGUAAAGAAAUGCGACCAUUGAAACAAUUAUGGGAUUUGAUUUAUUUAAUUCGUUCACGUAUUGAUAAAUGGACAAAAACUCCAUGGAAACAAGUGAAUAUUGAAUUAAUUGAUCAAGAAUUACGACGAACGUAUUUAAAUAAAGAAUUACGUUUACUUGGUAAAGAAUGUAAUCAAUGGAAUGCAUAUCAUGAAAUUGAAAAAGAUGUUAAAAAUCUUCUUGCAUCAUUACGUUCAGUAGGAGAAUUACGUAAUAAUGCUAUAAGAUUACGACAUUGGGAAGAAUUAAUGAAAGAAACAGGAGUUGAAAUUGAUAUGACUGAUGAAACAAGUCUGGAAGAUUUACUUGGUCUUAAUUUACAUAAAUAUGAAGAUGAGGUAAAAAUUAUUGUUGAUAAAGCAACUAAAGAACAGGGAAUGGAAAAAAUUUUAACUGAUCUUGAAAAUACUUGGUCAAAUAUGAAUUUUCAAAUUGAAAAACAUCCACGUACAAAUGUAACACUUGUCUCAAUAGAUGAUGAUAUUAUUGCUGCAUUAGAUGAACAUCAAACACAAUUACAAACAUUACUUUCAUCAAAAUUUAUAUCACAUUUUAUUGAUAAUGUUAUUACAUGGAAAAGUAAAAUGUCUACAGCUGAUAUGGUUUUACAAUUAUUAACAGAUGUACAACGUAAUUGGUCAAAUUUAGAAGCAAUUUUCAUUGGUACUGAUGAUAUUAGAAUACAAUUACCACAAGAAACAACAGCUUUCGAUAGAAUUGAUAAAGAAUUUAAAAUAAUAUCAAAAGAAAAUGAAGCUGAUUUAAAUUUUAUUCGUUGUACUAAUCGUCCGGGUUUAUAUGAACAAUUGGAGAAAAUGAAAGAUAAUUUACAAUUAUGUCAAAAAGCAUUGGAAGAUUAUUUAGAAAUUAAACGACUUGCAUUUCCAAGAUUUUUCUUUGUAUCUGGUUCGGAAUUACUUGAAUUUUUAUCAAAUGGAAAUGAACCUGAAAAAGUUAUGCGAUUACUGAAGAAAGUAUUUGAUAGUUUAAAUAAAUUAGAUUUAUAUGAUGAUUCAAAUGGAAAUAAACUUAAAAUGGCUUAUGCUAUGUAUUCGGAUGAUGGUGAACGAGUGAAAUUUUUUACUGAUUGUAAUCUUGAAGGUGCUGUGGAAAUCUGGUUAUCACGUUUAUUAGAUUUUCAUUGUGAAACAAUUAGAAAUUGGUUAAGAGUUGCUGUUACUGCAUAUGAAGAUAAAUCUCGUGAAGAAUGGAUAUUUGAUUAUCCAGCUCAAGUUAUUCUUACUGCAAGUCAAAUAUGGUGGACAACAGAUGUCAAUGGAACGUUUACUCGUAUUGAAGAAGGUUUUUCAAAUGCAUUACGUGAAUAUAAUAAAAAACAAAUAUUACAAUUGAAUACACUUAUUAAUUUAUUAUUGAGUUAUUUAAAUGAUCAAGAUCGUGAAAAAAUAACUACACUUUGUCUAAUUGAUCUUCAUGCACGUGAUGUUGUUUCAAAAAUGCUUAAUCUUAAAAUUGAAAAUAGUAAUGAUUUUACUUGGCAAUCACAAUUAAGACAUAGAUGGGAUUCAAAAGAUAAUAACUGUUAUGCAAAUAUAUGUGAUGCUAGAUUUAAAUAUCAAUAUGAAUAUUUAGGUAAUAAAAGUCGAUUGGUCAUUACACCAUUAACUGAUAGAUGCUAUAUAACAUUAACACAAUCAUUACAUUUAUUUGUUGGUGGAGCUCCUGCUGGUCCAGCUGGAACUGGUAAAACUGAAACUACAAAAGAUCUCGGUCGUUCAUUAGGUGUAUGUGUAUUUGUUACAAAUUGUUCGGAACAAAUUGAUUACAAAUCGAUUGGUAAUACUUUUAAAGGAUUAGCAAUGAGUGGUUGUUGGGGAUGUUUUGAUGAAUUUAAUCGAAUAUCAAUCGCAGUUUUAUCUGUUGUUGCUGUUCAAGUGAAACUUAUAUUUGAUGCAUUAAGAGCUAAACGUAAAAUAUUUAAUUUUAUGAACACGGAAAUUAAACUUCAUCCAUCUGUUGGAAUAUUUAUUACAAUGAAUCCUGGCUAUGCUGGUCGAACUGAGCUACCCGAAAAUUUAAAAGCUUUAUUUCGGCCAUGUGCAAUGGUUGUACCAGAUUUUGAAUUAAUUGCUGAAUUAAAUCUUGUAUCAGCCGGAUUUACAGAUGCUCGUUUAUUAAGUCGAAAAUUUGUUACAUUAUAUACAUUAUGUCGAGAUUUAUUAUCAAAACAAGAACAUUAUGAUUGGGGGUUACGUGCAAUUAAAUCAGUACUUGUUGUCGCUGGAACAUUAAGACGUGCUGAUCCAGAAAUGAGUGAAGAUAAAGUACUGAUGAGAGCAUUACGAGAUUUUAAUAUACCAAAAAUAACUGUCGAAGAUAUGCCUGUUUUUCUUAAUCUUAUUGGUGAUUUAUUUCCAGCAUUGGAUGUUGAAAGAAAAAGAAAUCAAGAUUUUGAAAAUAAUGUUCGAGAAGCUGCUAUUGAUCUUCGUUUACAAGCUGAAGAAGCAAGUCCAACAGCACAAAAUAAUUUUGUACUUAAAAUAAUUCAAUUAAAAGAAAUUUUUGAUGUACGACAUUCAGUAUUUAUCAUUGGAAAUGCUGGCACAGGUAAAACACAAAUUUGGAAAACAUUAUUUAAAACUUAUCAAAAUAUGAAACGUCGACCACAUGCUAUUGAUCUGGAUCCUAAAGCAGUUACUAAUGAUGAAUUAUUUGGUUAUAUGCAUCGUCAAACACGUGAAUGGAAAGAUGGAUUAUUUUCAAAUAUAAUGCGAGAUUUAGCUAAUAUGACAUCAGAUUCUCCGAAAUGGAUUGUACUUGAUGGUGAUAUUGAUCCAAUGUGGAUUGAAUCAUUGAAUACAGUUAUGGAUGAUAAUAAAGUACUUACAUUAGCUAGUAAUGAACGUAUACCAUUAAAUGAAACAAUGCGUUUAUUAUUUGAAAUAAGUCAUUUAAAAACAGCUACACCAGCAACAGUUUCACGUGCUGGAAUUUUAUAUGUAUCAACAAAUGAUAUUGGUUACUCACCUGUUUAUGUUAGUUGGGUGGAAAAACGUGAAUCAUAUAGUGAAAAAAAUCAUUUAUUAUUAUUAUUUGAUAAAUAUAUUCCACGUUGUCUUGAAUUACUUAAAAGUGGACGUGUAAGAACAAUUACUCCAUUAGUAGAUGUCUGUCAUAUACAAAUGUUAUGCAAUAUACUUGAUUGUCUAUUAACACCACAAAAUGUGCCUCCUGAUUGUCCAAAAGAAUGGUGGGAAUUAUAUUUUGUAUGGGCAACUAUAUGGGCUAUUGGUGGUUCACUUUUUCAAGAUCAAAUGAUUGAUUAUCGAAUUGAAUUUUCUAAAUGGUUUAUUCAUGAAUUUAAAACGAUUAAAUUUCCUCCUCAUGGUACUGUUUUUGAUUAUUCAGUUGAACCUCAAUCAAAACGAUUUGAACCAUGGUCUAAACAGCUUGAUGAAAUUAAUUUUGAUCCUGAAUUACCUGUUCAAUCACAAUUGAUUCCUACAAGUGAAACUGUUCGUUUAUCAUUUUGGCUUGAUGCACUGGCAAAAAAAGGUGUUUCAGUAAUGUUUGUUGGUUCAGCUGGUACUGGUAAAAGUGUUAUUAUUACAAAUCGUUUAGAAAAAUAUAAUUUACAAAAUUUUAUGAUUUCAACAAUUCCAUUAAAUUAUUAUACAACAAGUGAAAUGUUACAAAAUUCAUUAGAAAAACCUUUAGAAAAAAAAGCUGGUCGAACAUAUGGAGCACCAGGAAAUCGACAAUUGAUUUAUUUUAUUGAUGAUUUUAAUAUGCCUGAACGUGAUAAAUAUUUUACUGUCCAAGCACACACAAUUGUUCGUGAAUAUCUUGAUUAUCAACAUUGGUAUGAUCGACAAAAAUUAACACUGAAAGAAAUUCGAAAUUGUCAAUUUAUCAUUGCAAUGAAUCAGAAUGCUGGAACAUUUUCUAUUGAUGCACGUCUUCAACGACAUUUUGCAACAUUUGCUGUGCCUUUUCCAAAUAAAAAUACACUUCAUACAAUUUAUUCUAAAAUGCUUGAAACAAAAUUUUUAAAUUUUAAUAAAAUUGAUGUUAAAACACAAACAAAUUUUCUCAGCCAAUUUAUUUCCAUAGCUAUACAAUUUCAUCAACGUGUAUCCAGUAUAUUUUUACCAACAGCUAUUAAAUUUCAUUAUCUUUUUAAUCUACGUGAUUUAUCAAAUAUUAUACAAGGGAUGUUAUUUGCUUCAUCAAAAGAUAUUUUACAUCCUAAUGAUUUAAUACGUUUAUAUAUACAUGAAGCUGAAAGAACUUAUUCAGAUGAACUUAUUAAUCAAGAUGAUAUUGAUUUAUUUAAUAAAAUUUUACGAGAAACUAUACGAAAAAGUUUUGAAUUUGUAAAUGAUGAAACAUUUGUUCGACCACUUAUUUAUUCACAUUUUUCUGGUGGAAUCGGUGAUGGACAAUAUACAGCUGUAUCAUCUAUGGAUAAAUUACAAAAAAUAAUUGAAGAAGCAUUAGUAUCAUACAAUGAAACAAAUCCUGAAAUGAAUUUAGUAUUAUUUCAAGAUGCUCUUAUACAUGUUGCUCGUAUUAAUCGUAUUCUGGAAUCACCACGAGGCAAUGCAUUAUUAAUUGGAGUUGGUGGUAGUGGAAAACAAUCUUUAGCUCGUUUAGCAGCAUUUGUUUCUUCACUUGAUAUUUUUCAAAUAACAAUUAAAUCAAAUUAUGGAAUAAAUGAUUUUAAAAAUGAUUUAAAUAAUCUUUAUCGUCGUGCUGGUUUAAAAGGUCUUCCAUGUGUAUUUCUUUUAUCUGAUAGUCAUAUUAAAGAUGAACAUUUUCUUGUUUAUAUUAAUGAUUAUUUAUCAUCGGGUGAAAUUUUUGGUUUAUUUACUGAUGAUGAAAUUGAAGAAAUUCUUAAUUCUAUACAUUCAGAAGCUAAAUCUCAAGGAUAUAAUGAAUCAAAAGAAACUAUUUGGAAAUAUUUUAUUGAUAAAGUUCGACGAAAUCUUAAAAUAGUUAUGUGUUUUUCACCUGUUGGAAAUACAUUACGUACACGUGCACGUCGUUUUCCAGCAUUAUUUAGUGGAACAAUUAUUGAUUGGUUUCAUUCAUGGCCACGAGAUGCACUUUAUUCAGUUGUUGUUCGUUUUCUUGAUAGUUUCAAAUCAAUAUCAAAUGAAUUACGUUAUUCUAUCGCUAAUUUCAUGGCUGAUACACAUAUUGAUGUUAAUCAAACAUCAAUACAAUAUUUAAUAAAUGAACGAAGAUCUUAUUAUACAACACCAAAAACAUUUCUUGAAUUUAUAAAAUUUUUUCAACAUAUUUAUGAAAAUAAACAAAUGAAAAUCGAACUUGAAAUUGUUCGUCUUCUAUCUGGAUUAGAAAAACUUAAUUCAAUAUCUGCACAAACAGCUAUUUUACAAGAAGAUUUAAAGAUUACAACCGAGGAAGUUAAUACAAAGGCGGAAAAAGCGGAUAUUGCAUUGAAAAUAGUGACUGCAGAAGCAGAAAAAGUUGCUAAAGAAAAAUCAUUUGCCGAUGAUGAACGUCGAAAAAUUGAAACAAAAAAAGCAGCUGUUGAAAAAGUACAAGCUGCUUGUGCAAUAGAAUUAGCUAAAGCAGAACCUGUUCUUGAGGCAGCAAGAUUAGCACUUGAGAAUAUUGAAAAAGGACAAUUAACUGAAUUAAAAUCAUUCGCAUCACCACCAGAAACAGUUAAAUUUGUUAUGAAUAUGGUUGUUGUACUUUUCAAAUGGGUUGAUGAAGGUCGAAUUAUUCCCGAAAGUCAACGAACAUGGACGGAAGCGAAAAAUACAAUUGGACCCGUUGAAAAAUUUCUACAACGUUUAAAGAAUUUUCAAGUCGCUAAAGUUACUCCACAAGUUCGAGCUAUUAUUGAUAAAUUGAAUACAACAUUAAUGAAAAUAAGUAAAACAGAUAGUAUUGAAAGUUUAAUUCAACAAAUAGCAGUUAAAUCCGCAGCAGCUGGUGGAAUUUAUACAUGGCUUGAUAAUACAUUAAAAUUUCAUACAGUUUAUUUGGAAGUUAAACCAAAACAAGUAGCUUUAGAUGUUGCUAAUGAAGAAUUAAAUCGAGCACAACAAGCUUUUUCAAAAAUUCUCAAUCGUGUACAAAUACUUGAAGAUUGUCUUACAGAAGAAAAUCUUAAAAUGCAACGAGCACUUGCUGAAAAAGAUGAUGCUGUUCGAACAAAAGAAAGAUUAGCACGACAAAUUGAUUUAGCUGAACGUCUUGUUGAUGGUCUUGCAUCAAGUCGAAUUAUUUGGACAAAACGUGUUGAAACAUUUAAUCAUGAUUUAGAAACUUUAAUUGGUGAUGUUCUAUUAGCAUCAACAUUUAUUUCAUAUGCGGGAUAUUUUUCGCGAAUUUAUCGAAAUAAUCUUGUGGAAAAAUGGAGAUCAACUAUUACUGCUACUAAAGGAGUCAUACCAAUGAGAGCUAAUCUACAACCAUUAUCAAUUAUGAUCGAUGAUGCUGAUAUUGCAGAAUGGAUGAAUCAAGGACUUCCAGCUGAUCAAACAUCUUAUGAAAAUGCUGCUAUUUUAACUUAUUGUUUACGAUGGCCAUUAAUGGUUGAUCCACAAGGACAAGGACUUCGUUGGAUUAAAAAUUGUUUUACAGAUAAAUUAGUUAUACUUCGUUAUAAUAGUAAAGGUUAUCUUGAUCGUGUUGAAGCAUGUGUACGUCGAGGUGAUAUUCUUUUACUUGAAUGUAUUGAAGAAAAUAUUGAUUCAAUAUUGGAACCUAUAAUAAGUCGAAAUUUAAUACGUAAAGGACAAGCUGUUAAAUUUGGUGAUAAAGAAAUUGAUUAUCAUCCUAAUUUUCGUUUAAUAAUGCAAACACGUUUAGCAAAUCCACAUUUUCAACCUGAAAUACAAGCACAAACAACAUUAAUUAAUUUUAGUACAACACGAGAUGGUCUUGAAGCACAAUUAUUAGCUGAAAUUGUUGCUGUUGAAAGACCGGAUUUAGAAAAGAGUAAAUUUGAAGUAACAAAACAACAAAAUGAAUAUAAAAUCAAUUUAAAAAAAUUAGAAGAUUCAUUAUUAGCUCGUUUAGCAACUGCUGAAGGAAAUUUUAUUCAAAAUGUUGAACUUGUUGUUACACUUGAACGUACUGUUAAUACUGCACUUGAAAUUGAACAAAAGAAAGUCGAAGCAGAAAAAUUUAGUCAACAAAUAGAUCGAACACGAGAAUUAUAUAGACCAACAGCUAUACGUGCGUGUAUUAUUUAUUUUAUUAUGAAUGAUUUAUCAAAAAUACAUCUUAUGUAUCAAUUUUCUCUCAAAGCAUUUCGAGCAGUUUUUCUUAAAGCUAUUGAUCGUGCAGAACAAAAUGAAGAAUUACGUAUACGAAUUGAUAAUCUUAUUGAUGCUAUUACAUUUGCUUCAUAUUCUUAUAUUAAUCGUGGGCUUUUUGAAGAACAUAAACUAAUUUUUACUAUGCAAUUAUUAUUACAGAUUUUGAUGGAAAAAGGUGAAAUUGAUAUGAUUGAACUUGAUUUAUUAUUACGUAAUCCACAAGAAACACAUGCAGGAAGUCCUGUGGAAUUUCUUAAUAAAAAAGCUUGGGGUAGUAUCAAAGCAUUAUCAUUAGUAUCAAGUUUUCAUGGUCUUGAUCGUGAAAUUGAAACUUCAAGUAAACGAUGGAAAAAAUAUGUUGAAAGUGAAGCACCAGAAUUAGAAAAACCUCCAGGUGAAUGGAAAAGUAAAUCAACUAUGCAACAAUUAUGUAUUCUUCAUGCUGUUCGACCUGAUCGAAUGCUUUAUGCAUUAAAAUUAUUUGUUGGUGAAAAACUUGGUAAAAAAUAUAUUGAAAGUCGAUCAUCAGACUUUGCACAUAUUUAUGAUGAAUCAACCAAAUCGAUUCCUAUUUUUUUCAUUCUUUCACCUGGUGUUGAUCCAUUAAAAGAAGUUGAAACAUUAGGCAAAAAAUUCGGUUAUACAUUACAAGCUGGAAAAUUUCAUAAUAUAUCAUUAGGACAAGGACAAGAAAUAAUUGCUGAAAAUGCUUUAGAAAUCUCAGCUAAAGAAGGUCAUUGGAUUGUUUUACAAAAUAUACAUUUAGUACGGCAUUGGUUACCAAUAUUAGAAAGAAAAUUAGAACGAAUAUUAGAAAAUGCACAAGAAAAUUUUCGUCUUUUUAUAUCUGCUGAACCAAGUGCAGAUAUGAAUACACAUGUAAUUCCACAAGGAAUAUUAGAAAAUUCAAUUAAAAUUACAAAUGAAUCACAUACAGGAAUGUUAGCUAAUCUUCAUAAAGCAUUGGAUAAUUUCGAUCAAGAAGUUUUAGAUUCAUGUAGUAAAGAUACUCAAUUUAAAGUUAUUCUUUUUGCUCUAUGUUAUUUUCAUGCUGUUGUAUCUCAACGAACAAAAUUUGGACCCAUUGGCUGGAAUAGAAAAUAUCCCUUUUCAUCCGGUGAUUUACAAAUAUGUAUUGAUGUUUUACGUAAUUAUCUUGAGUCGAAUGUUAAAAUUCCUUGGGAAGAUCUUCGUUAUAUAUUUGGUGAAAUUAUGUAUGGUGGACAUAUAACUGAUGAUUGGGAUCGUCGUUUAUGUCGUAAUUAUCUUCAAACAUAUUUGAAUGCUACAAUGUUCGAAGGUGAUCUCAAUUUGGCACCAGAUUUUCCAUUACCACCACCCUUAGAUUAUAAAGCAUAUCAUGCUUAUAUUGAUGAUAAACUUCCAAGUGAAUCACCGAAACUUUAUGGACUUCAUCCAAAUGCUGAAAUUGAUUUUCUUUCACAAACAAGUGAAAAACUUUUUCGUAUACUUAUUGAAAUUUCACCAAGAGAUACAAAUUCUAUAAACCAUGGACAAAAUACAACAUUAUCACGCGAUGAAAAAAUUCGAACUGUUCUUGAAGAAUUUCAAAAUCAUAUACCGGAAGAUUUUAAUAUAGUUGAAUUACGUGCAAGACUUGAUGAACGUAAUCCAUAUGCUGUUGUUGCAUUACAAGAAGCCGAAAGAAUGAAUAAUUUAUUACGUGAAAUACGACAAAGUCUUAAAGAAUUAGAUGGUGGUCUUAAAGGUGAAUUAGCCAUAUCAAAUGAAAUUGAAAUUUUACAAGAAUGUUUUUAUCUUGAUCUUGUACCUAUUCAAUGGGCUAAUCGAGCUUAUCCAUCACUUUAUUCAUUAGGACUAUGGUUUCAUGAUAUGUUAAAUCGUUAUCGUGAAAUAGAUAAUUGGAUAGUAGAUUUUCAACUACCAAAUUCUGUAUGGUUAGGUGGUCUUUUUAAUCCUCAAUCAUUUCUUACUUCAAUUAUGCAAGCAAUUUCACGAAAACAAGACUGGCCAUUAGAUCGUAUGUGUCUUAUGGUUGAAGUUACGAAAAAACAAAAAGAAGAAUUACAAAGUUCACCAAAAGAUGGUGCUUAUAUUCAUAAUUUAUUUAUCGAUGGAGCACGAUGGGAUAAACAAAGUAAUUUAUUAGUAGAAGGAAAAUUAAAAGAAUUAUGUCCACCAAUGCCAGUUAUAUUUGUUAAAGCUAUACCUAUCGAUCGAUUAGAUACGAAAGGUACUUAUGAUUGUCCAGUAUAUCGAAUUAAAACACGAGGACAUACAUAUAUUUGGCGUUUUAAUUUAAAAACAAAAGAAAAACCAUCGAAAUGGGUACUUGCUGGUGUUGCAUUAUUAUUACAAACAUAA